CCCCCCCACCCCCCCCCCCUGGCAACGGCGACGUCAACAAUACAUGUCACACAAGCAUCACCGACAUGCCCCGCACGGCAUCACGCACUUAGCCCGGUGCGGCUACUCACCGACACUUCACCGCAACCUCCUCCAACAAAGACACUCGACCCCCCCCCCCCCCCCCCCCCCCCGGCCACGACGUCUUUUUAACCCGAAGCACGGUGACCUCCUCGCCGUGGCGUGUUUUCACGUUGGCUGAGGUCACGUCUUUUGCUUUAAGCUAUUCUAGGAAAGAGCCAGCCCAGGGAUGAGAUGAUGUGCUCGCAGAGUUUACCGGAAGGACUCCACAUUACUCAUCAAUAAUAGAUUAUCUCCUCAGCCCUUAUGACCAAAUCUUUCAUUCCUCCUCCUCCUCCUUCCUGUGAGCCACCACAAAAAAGAUAAACAAACCCAGAAACUGCAUCAGCCAUGGCGUCUGCGAACGUAACACUGGAGAACCAGCUGCACAGCGCACAGAAGAACCUGCUCUUCCUCCAGCAGGACCACGCCAACACGCUGAAGGGUCUGCACGCAGAGAUCCGCAGAUUGCAACAGCAAUGCACAGAUCUGACAUACGAGCUCACUGUGAGAAGCUCCGACCCUUCAGACAGCAGCGAGGCCCGAUGCAAGGAGCUGCAGAGGAGGUGUGAGGAGCUGGAGGCCCAGCUGAAGAAGAAGGAGGAGGAGAACACGGAGCUGCUCAGGGACCUGGAGCAGAAGAACGCCAUGAUCUCGGUGCUGGAGAACACCAUCAAGGAGCGCGAGAAGAAGUACCUGGAGGAGCUGAAGAUGAAGAGCCACAAGCUGGCGGUGCUGUCCGGGGAGCUGGAGCAGAGAGCGAGCACCAUCGCGUACCUCACCUCGCAGCUGCACGCCACCAAGAAGAAGCUGCUGGCCGGCAGCUCGUCCGAGGCGAGCCCCAACGUCAGCCCGGUGACCUCGUACAAGCCCACGCCUCCUCCGCCCAAAGACAGGCAGCCGGAGACGCCCCGGCGCCGCAUGAAGAAGAGCCUCUCCCAGCCCCUUCACCCGGAGCUGACGGAGGUGUACCGGCUCGGCCCAGACGGCAGACGACUGGUCCUGCGGGAGACGGUGGACGCCAUGCCCGACCCCACGCCCUUCCUGCAGGCCGGGAGAGACUCCCCUGAGCCGCAGGUGGUGCGAGAACGCCCCGCCGUCAUCCCUCCCAUCUCCUCCGAGCGCUCCUCGGCCGUCGCUCCCCUGGGCGCCGUGGCCAGCCCUCGCCACAGCCCCGCCCGGGACCGUCAGUACAGGGCUCACGUGGGCGUGGCGCACCGCAUCCCGCACGGCACCGCUCCCCCGGCACCACCGCAGGCCGAGCUGGAGACGCUGGCGGUGGACCAGGUCAACGAGGAGAAGGUCGUGCGGAAGCGCUCGGGCGCCGACAGGACAGUUUAACACUGCGACACACACACACACACACACACACACACACACACACCUACUGUAAACACACACUACACUGCAAGAGCAGGACGGAGCCUGACACACUGUGUAGCCUGCUUUUUAUGCACACACUGCAAUACGACAAAGAUCGUUCUCUUCAUCCAGACUUUUGUUUUUUGACGCAUGCCAAAUGUUUCUUAUUUAUGAUAUAUCCUAUUACACACACACACACACACACACACACACUUCAUCCUGUCUUAUGUGGCGCACACGACAAACUCUCAGCCAAAUAUCUGCAUCAGUGCCUGCUCGACCAUAAACACAAGCUGUGUAGCGUUAGUUAGUCGUGGCUGAUAUAAACGAGACGUCUCAUCUUCUUCUGUAUCCGUGUAGUAACGUCACAUUUAGCCGGCGAGCUGCGAGCUUCGGAGUGUGAAACGAAGGGCGUACAUGUGUGUGUGUGUGUGAGAGAGAGAGUGUGUGUGAGUGUGUGAGACGAGAAGAGAGGACUCACGUCUGGUGUUCUUUGUGAUAAAGGGGCAUUUUUAAAAACCACUGCUGUAACAGGACUUUGUGAUAUUAACUGGAACUUUCUAAAGGCUGAACGUUUGUAUUCUUUUUUAAUUUAUUGUUUGACACUGAAGCUCCGCCCUGUAACCGUCAGUAACCUGCUUCCCGGUGACAUCACUCUGUCCUGACUGUACGUAGAGAUGCAGACAAUAAAGCGAUGCUUUGUUUUGUUUGUUGUUUUUGGUUUGGUCACUUUGUUUCUGUUUGAUGGACGAGAAGACGACGUCCUCCUCCAAUCACAGCGAAGAGCUGAUGGAAGCUGCCGGUAUCCAUGACAACACUGUGCUUACUUUAAAGUGAAACACGAUGAAACUUUGAUUUCUUUUCUUCCCUGAGCUGAAAAAAAUAAAACUUAAAGAUGAUCAUAAUGUGUCUCCUGAAUAAACGUUCUCCUGAGGAUCGACCACAAACUGAAACACAUUUGACGUCUUUCUUCAACAAAGGUGAACAAAGAUGAGUCCAGUCGCCUCAGGUUGAACCCUCUGUUGAAGAAAGACGACCUUCAAACUGUUUCCGAUCCGGCCUCCACACUUUUAACAGACGGACCGAUUCAUUGAAUUCAUGUUUGCUGUGGGUAGACCAAACUAUCAGAGGGUAGAGACACUGACUAAAGUCAGAAAUACUAACCAUGAUGACGACCAAAGUCAGAAACACUAACCAUGAUGAAGACCAAAGUCAGAAACACUAACCAUGAUGACGACCAAAGUCAGAAACACUAACCAUGAUGACGACCAAAGUCAGAAAUACUAACCAUGAUGACGACCAAAGUCAGAAAUACUAGCCCUGAUGACGUCCAAAGUCAGAAAUACUAACCAUGAUGACGACCAAAGUCAGAAAUACUAACCAUGAUGAAGACCAAAUGACAUUUCUAUCUUCUGUUUUACAAAGAUCAGACUGUGAAAUGUGUCAGGACUCCUGGAGGAUCUGCUGCCGACGUGUCGGUGCCACAGCACAGAUCCAAAUGAAGCGAGUAGCAUAUUUCCACAUGAAGCAGGAAAA